AGAAACGAGACCAGUGGGGCUCACUCAGCAUCUCUGGGAAGUAUAAGAUCUAGUUUUUCUCUCUGUCUGCUCUCUGCCCUGGAGUCUCCAGCAGCUAAAAUGUCCCAUUUUGUGCUGUUUCACUGGAUUAUGAUGCAGAUCUUUAUAGCCCACACCACAUCUGAAACUGUUGUUAGAGGAGUGAUGGGGCAGCCUGUUCAGCUGCCUUGCUUCUACCAGAUGGCUCAGUAUAAGGACAUCCCUGAUAUGUGCUGGGGCAGAGGCCCGUGCCCAAAUUCAAAGUGCAAUGGCAAAAUUUUGCACACCACUGGCAGUAGGGUGACGUUCAGAAUAUCUCAGAGAUACAGUCUCCAGGGCUAUAUUUCCUACGGAGAUGUGUCCCUCACCAUUGGGGCAGUGACAGCAGAAGAUGAAGGUACAUACUGCUGCCGUAUUGAGAUCCCGGGCUGGUUCAAUGACAUCAAACAGAACAUGCGACUGGAGGUGGUCAGAGCCCCUCCAGUGAUGACAACCACCACGAGAAAAGUUCCUGUUUCCCCCAAACGUUUUAGAAAAACAACUUUUGCUCCUGAACCAACCUCUGAUCAUCAAGCAACAACAGACACUGCUGUCUUCCUGACAACCACUGUGCCCCCAGAAACAACUGCAACUACUGCCUCUCCAGCAGAAAUUACACUGGAGACCAUUGCUCCCACAACAUUUGCUGUGACAACAAAUGAAGCUUUUCCAGAAACUAUGAUGACACCCAGUGCCCUCCCAGAUUUUUCAACUGAGUUUCAAGCAGCUGACAUGAGCACUGAAGAUGACUAUGUGUUCUACUCAGAUGAGUCUGUCCCUCUUCCUGGAGUGACUCCCCGAUUCCCAAGUACACUUCCAACUGCAGAGGGAACUGGAAGUGCUGAUACUACUCUCCUGAUGGAAGACCUGCCAGCUGCAGCAACAACCCUGCCAGAGCCAACCAUGCUUCAGACCCCAAGGAGAAUCCCUGCUCCUUCAGGGAUUUCAACAAGUUCAGAUGGCAAGGCCAAGAACCAUGAUGAUAAUGGAGACAAGUUUCCCAGCUAUGCCACUCUCAUUGCCUGUCCCACAGUGGUGUCCAUUCUUUUCAUAUUGAUGCUCGUGUUGUUUUGGAAACGUAAACACACAAAUAAGUUUAUAAUAAAAAGAAUUUUCUCUAGGCAAACCACAAGCAGUCCAGUGGAAUGUCAUCCCUUACCAAAGACCAAUGAUUUUUCAAUGGUAGAUGCUCCCCCACAGCACACCCCAUCUACGAGCCAUGGAGCAGCAGAAGACCUUGAAAAAGUUUUCAGCGGUGCUGAAGGAGAAAACACCAUGUUUUCCCUGUGAAGAGCUCCUGCACCUUCUGUAGAUGCCAUGGAAAAUAAAAAGGGCUUGUUCCAUUCUGUAUGGAGAGAUGCUUAUGAACCCUCAAAAUGUCAGUUGGAGAAAACCAAAGACCAAAGCUUCAACUGUAAAAAAUUUAAAUCUUUGUGGAGAUUUUGCCAUGUUACCUUUAAAACUCCUUGCAUAAAGAAGUGUCUUUGAGAAGGCACUUUCUGCAGUAUUCAUAGGUGUUUCUGGCAUCUGCCCACUUGCUAGUACCAUAUUACAGGUUUUAAGUUGUUUUUCUUCAUUUUUAUUAAUUCUUUUCCUUGAAUACAACUUAUACUGUGAGGAACAGGAGAGAGAAGAAUUAACAUGAAUUUCUGCCUAACUUCACGUUGCCAAAAAAAAUAAUAUAAAAAAAUCACCAAAUGCAGUACUUAUUGCUUUUAUAUAAUCAAGAGAAAAAUUAAGCUACAAGAAUGCUUUGAGUAUAAAUCAAAAAUGCCAAUUACAUAAGAGACCAAUGCUGCCUGUGAUUCAGCAUGGUUUGAAUAACCCUUGGAGACUAUGUUAAUAAACUUUGCAAUUCACAGCUA